CGACGCGUGCUUAUCAUUCCUCCUUGUAAUGUGUGCCGGCAGACUGUGCAUCUGAUUGGCAAGAUCGUGAUUUCUCCGUGCUGUUGUGUGUAUUGGGAGAUGAUACCUUAGUUGGUGAGUGGGAUUCCUCUGUGGUGCUGAGGAAUCAGACGCUGGGCCUUUCGAAGACCAGGUUGGCUUCAAGCUCACUGCAUCCCCGAGAAUGACCUUGGCUUUCUGACCUUUCUGCUGGGAGCAAAAGGCGUGCACCACCAGUUUAUGCAGCGCUGGGGAUCCACCUCAGGGUUUUGAGCAUCCUUGGCAACUAAGUUCUACCAACUGAGAUAUAGCCCUUGUGAUGGCUAAUUUUACCUAUCAACAUGAGAGUAAGAUCUAAAUUGGUGAGCUUUAAAUAAACAGAGACUUGUUCUUGGUAAUGUGAUGAGUCUCACCCAAUCAGCUGAAAGGCCUGUAUGAAACGAAACAGACUCACUUCCUCCAAGAGAGGAUUGUCUCCCAGCCAGCCUUUGGAUGUCUUGUGUACCUUUGAUUCUCUUGGGUCUUGAGCCUGUAGAUGUGCACUGAGGAUUCUGUAAUUGUCAGCAGCCAUAACCGUGUAAGCCAGUUCCCUAUAUCAAACCUCUAUCGAUUUGUUCUGUUUCUCUGAUAACCUCAAGUGGUCCAAACCUGGAGCAGAAUGUGAGAGCCGUGGUGCAAGCUUGAGCUAGCAUGCUGGCAAAGCAAGGCCAGUCUGUGUCAGAGCAGAACUGGUCACCCAUUGUGCCUGAAAUAAGCCAAUUCAAGUCAGAUUAGAGGAUAUAUAAAGGCAUUCUGCAUUUCUCUCUCUCUCUCUCUCUCUCUCUCUCUCUCUCUGUGUGUGUGUGUGUGUGUGUGUGUGUGUGUGUGUGUGUCUGCACACAUAGUGAAGGAGGCAAUGCCUGUGCUAAGGUGUAUGUGUUUAGGUCAGAAGACAGCCUUGGUUAUCUCCUAGCCUUCCACGUGGAGAUAGCCCCUCUUUGUUUGCCAUUGUUAACUGUAUUGGGUUAGCUGGCCUGUGAGCUUUUAAAGCCUCUCCUGUCUCAACAGUCUUCUCAUCUGGCCUUGGAAACAGCAGGGUUGCAGAAGCAACCUACCUAGUGUGCUUUUAUGUGGGCUCUAAGAAUUUGAACUCGGGUCCUCACAUUCGGGCAGCAAGAGCUUUACCCACUGAGCCAUCUCCUGAGCCCAUUCUCUUUGUUUCUUUCUUUGACAGAGCUUCACUAUUAACCCUGGGCUGGUCUCGACUUCUCAGUGUAGACCAGGGUGGCAUUGAACUCACAGAGAUCUAUUUGCCUUGGUUGUGGAGUGUGGAGAUUAAAGGAUUAAUUACACCAGCUCACGCUUCUGGCCAUUGCUUAUUAUGUGUGUGUGUGUGUGUGUUUUUUAAAGAUUUAUUUAUUUAAUGUAUAUAUGAGUACACUGUAGCUGUCUUCAGACACACCAGAAGAGGGCAUCGGAUUCCAUUACAGGUGGUUGUAAGCCACCAUGUGGUUGCUGGGAAUUGAACUCAGGACCUCUGGAAGAGCAGUCAGUGCUCUUAACCACUGAGCCAUCUCUCCAGUCCUAUUAUGUGUUUCUUAAUCACAACCGAGAAUAGUUUUUAAUUAUUUUCUUGAGACAAGAUCUAUGUGUAUAUGUUUUGCCUGUAUGUAUGUCUGUGUACCACAUACAUGCCUGGUGCUCUCAGAAGCCAGAUAAGGGCAUCAGAUACUCUGGACCUGGAGUUCCAGGUGGUUGUGAACCACCGUAUGGGUGCUGGGGAGCCAAACCUGGAUCCCUUAGAAGAACAUCAAGUGCUCUUAUCCACUGAACCAUCCAUCCCUCUAGACCCAAUCUAAUUCUUUUGUUUUUAAAAAUAAUACACCAAGUCCAAUUUAUACUGUGCGUGUAUUCAUGGAUAUGAGGCCACACAUCUAAAGGAAACUUCUGCUCCUUCCUCCAGACUUAGGGGUGGGAGCUCAUGAGCCCUUCCCACCUCUAUGCUACAAUCUUGUGCCAGCAACCACAGCUGCUCUGAGUUCAUGACUGUAGUAGUCCUAGAAUGUCCUGAAGACACUAUUUCACUUGGGGCCUCCCUGACCUCUGGCUCUUAAUCCACCCCAACACCCCCAUCUUCCUCAACGGUCCUUGAGUCUUAUUGGGCGGAGUGAUAGAAAUGUGUUUGUGGCUGAGCACUCCACAUGACACUUGUUGGCACUUUGUCCAGUUGUGGUUUUCUGUAUAUCACAAAUGUAUUCUGCCAUCCACGACACAAAGGCAUUUCUCUAAUGAGGGCUGAGAGCCACAGUACUCCAGGUGUGUAGAGCUUAUACAUUUAGUGAGCGGUUCGACACUGUGUGGCAGGGUUACCAUGGAGAGCUAGCCAACCAUGAAUUUUUUUUUUUUUUUGGUCAGCUUUACAGUACUAAGUAUGCGUUCCCUCCUGUGGAGCAGGCCUUAAAUCCAACCAGAAAGAAGUAGGUUAUCCCCGAAACAUUCAUGCCAUUCAUUUUUUAAAAACAUUUUUCAAGAUUUAUUUAUUAGAUAUGAAUUCACUGUAGCUGUCUUCAGACAUACUGAAAGAGGGCAUCAGAUCUCAUUACAGAUGGUUGUGAGUCACCAUGUGGUUGCUGGGAAUUGAACUCAGGACCUCUGGAAGAGCAGUCAGUGCUCUUAACCACUGAGCCAUCUCUCCAGCCCCAUUCAUGCCAUUCUUGCUGCCUCACUGUAGUUCACAUGGUUCAGGGUACCAUAAGGUUGUUGAUGACUCCCCCCAAUCUCAGUAGCCAACACAGGAUUUUCCAGUCCUGUAAUUGCCACUCCCAGAUGCACUUGUACUUACAAAAGAGCUACAGAUCAUUUUCUCCCCCCCCUUUUUUUCUAACAGACUCCUAUUAUGUAGCCAGGAGUGCCCUCUACUGGUGAUCUCUGACUCAGUCUCCUGAGAACUGAGACAACAACCCUGGCACCAGGUCAAGCGGCCCUUUAUUCAUUGAGGGCAUAAAAGAAAGUCAAGAAAAAGCAUGUUUACCACGAGCUCGUGCACGUAAAUGAUCAUGUUUGCAUACAAGCCUAUACUAAAUAGAUACAAAACUGGACUGUCAGAGCUAACCGCAAAUUUUGUCUGACAAAGAGAAUGCAUUUUGAAUAAUAAUAAUAAUAAUAAUAAUAAUAAUAAUAAUAGUAAUAAAAGCUAAGGCCCAUCCACUUCCAAGUCUAUUGAAUAAUAUCUAUUAGAAUACAGAACACAGGGCUGGGGAGAUGGCUCAGAGAUGCUCUUCCAGAGGUCCUGAGUUCAUUCCCAGCAACCACAUGGUGACUCACAACCAUCUGUAAUGGGAUCUGAUACCCUCUUCUGGUGUGUCUGAAGACAGUGUACUCAUAUAAAUAAAAUAAAUAAUUCUUUAAAGAAAUACAGAACACAAACUGGGAAAGACAUCAUUAGUUUAAAAUUCCAGCACUUGGAUGAGAAUAAAGAGGAAUUCCAAGGCAAUCUGCACUACUUGAGAUGGUCUCUAGAGCAGUGGUUCUCAACCCUCCUAACGCUGGAGCCUUUAACAUGACCUCUGAUUUGUCCACCCUGGCCUUUAAGUUGUCUUAAAUUACUGCCCCCUGGCGACCACAAAGCACAGUUGCCCUUCCUCCCUCUUGUGGGUUAAACCCUUUAAUACAGUUCCUCGUCUUAUGGUGACCCGAAUUAUAAAAUUAUUUUCGUUGCUACUUCCUAACUGUGAGUUUGCCACUGCUAUGAGUAAUAAAAAUAUCUGCUAUUUCUGAUGGUUUCGGGAUCCGCAGGUUGAGAACCGCUGCUUUACAACAACCGAACUGAAUGAACUGUACAAAGCAAAAAGCAAAACCAAUCACGAGUGAACUUCAGGUGGGCAGAGGAGCUAAGACCCACAAGGUGGCAGGCAACGUAAACGUAACUUCCAGUCCUGGACCUCCAAGGCCAGGGUGGACAAAUCAGAGGUCAUAUGUUCCACCCCUCUUUCUAAGCCUAGGCAGACUGGAGAGUUUGCAGGAGAGGAUGCUCUACUCUGAAGUAGAUUGUCUUUCUGAGCCAUCAUUGACAUUAAUACCUCACUUGCGCCAAACUGUUCUCUCUUUUGCCUCCUUUCUUUUGCAACACCACGGUGGGGAAAUUGAGUCACUGGGAGGAGAAGGGAAAAGCAAGUCGAAGUUAGUCAGCCCUUGUCUUCCAGACGAGGGAAGGGGGAGGGUUCGCUAGGAAAACAAAGCGGGGUGGGUGGGGAGGCGGUUGGCUAGGCAGAGGCUGAGCCAGACACAUGGAGAAACACUGCCCAGGAUCAAAGGAAAUAUGACAUUUGAAAAGAAUGUGCGCGUCUGCUUGUGCCGCUGAGCGGGGGGUAUGAGGGAGCAGGGCCCGGGCCGAAUUUCCGGGUCUGUUCUCCAUGGAUUCCCACCUCUGCCCACCCUUCUCUUUAGUGCAGGGUAGUAAAGGUUCUCGAGGUGCUCCUCGCGCCCCCUAACCGUGAGUUCCUCCUGCUCCGAGGUGAAGCCGGACGGGAAUGUAACCUGAGAAGAACCGAAGGGGAGAGAGGGGAGGGAAAUCAAACCAGGCCCUCUCCCGGCUUGGCCUCGGAACAUUCUUCUCUCCCGACGGCCAAGCCUCUCCUCCCUGCCCCUCCCGCCCCGCGGCCCUGGGCUUGUAGCCGGAGCUGCGCCGCACGUCAUUGGGGUCCCCGGGGGCUGGAGGGGGGUCCCCGAGACGAGCUCGAGGGAGGACUGAGAGGAGGGAGGGGUGCCGCCUCCGCCGCCAAGGAGCUGGGGCCCGCCAGGCCAGCCCCCCUUCCCUCUGCCCCGCAGAGCCUGUUUCUCAUUAGAGUAAUGGGCGCGGUCCCCGCCUGGCUCCCGAGUGUUUGUAAACGUCUGACCCGAGGGCCGGCGCUUAACCCUUUAGGUGCUGGGCUGGGUUUGCUGUUGGGGGGCACGGGCCGGAGCCUGAGGGAUUUAGAGACUGGAGACCAGCCAGGUUUGUUAGAGAAGUUUGGAGCAUGUGGUAAGCAUGCAAGGAGAGUGGUGACUGCUCUCCUGCCUCGCAGCGCCUUCAGUCCGAAUCAAGUCCCAUUCUUUCUCUUCUAACUGGAACCUCUUCAUGCCCGCCCUUCCUAGAAACUCCAGACCGGGUCUUCCUUCCCUGUCCAGGUGACAGGUGUCCAGCCGGUGGGCCUAAGUUUUUAGCUUCUGGCCUUUUCUUAACCGGGCCAGGAAUUUAGGAUGGCCAGGAGCGAAUGCCUUGGGAUCAGAGAGUCAAUCGAGUCUGCAGCUUUUGGGAGGAGGGAGCCGACUUCCUCCGUGGAGGCUAAUUAGUGGCCUAUCUAGGUGGCUGGGACAAGGGUACUAGCAAAGCCUGGCCUGGAUCUACGCCCAGCAGGGGCUGUGGGCCUUCAAAGGCUUCCUGGGGUUAGAAAAAGAUCUGAGAGGCUUCUCGGACAGCCAAAAGUUCUUCAUCUUCAGGGAAUGGUGGGGGUGGUCGGUGGGGGUGAUGGUUAAGGAAUGCAAAGGACCCUUGGAAGCCCAGGUAGAGUGGUCUCGCGAGGGUGGAGGAAUGGCCUCCUCUUCAGAACAGCUCAGAGCCUCUCUCAAUCCCAGAACUCUCUUCAACUCAAGAUUUGGAUUGAAAGUGCAGUGAGGUGACCUUUCUUGGGAAUUUUGGCUAUACUACCUCUCAGAAUGUAUCGUGGGCCUGCUACAAUGGGAUGCGGGACAAAAAUAUGGCCUCUUUAAGGCGAUCGGACCCGGACACCCCCCGCCCCUUACGCUGGGACUAAAUAGGCUGAGGUUUGGGCCCUGGGUGGGAAAUGAUUAUCACAACUGUGGGCCAAUAGGUACCAUUAAGGUUCUAUAACGUUUGAAGGGACCGUUUUCCAAUUCAGGUUUUUCUCCCCCUUUGGAGGAGGUGGGACUGGAGAGAUGACUGAGGGAGGGAGAGUGGGGGAGGACUAGGGGCGCGUGGUUUUCCCAUCUCAUCCCUGGAGGAGGGGCCGGUGCAUCCCGGUUAGCCAAUCAGGGACAGGCUGGGGGGGCCGCUUUGAAGAAGUUUGGGAGAAAAAAGUUUGGAAAAGUUUCUAUAAUAACGAGGGGGCGUCCGGAGGGAGGUGGCAGCGACAGAAGAGGGGGCGUCUCAGAGAAAAGGAGGGAGGGAACCACCCUCGCGUGAAGCUACAGCAGCGUCCAGAGCCUCCCCCUCCCACCCAGGCGGGACCUGGGGGCUCCGGCCGGAUCCAUGGGGGCGGCAAGCUGCGAGGAUGAGGAGCUGGAAUUUAAGCUGGUGUUCGGGGAGGAAAAGGAGGCCCCCCCGCUGGGCCCUGGGGGCCCUGGGGAAGAGCUGGACUCGGAGGAUGCCCCUCCGUGCUGUCGUUUGGCCCUGGGGGAACCCCUUCCUUAUGGUGCUGCCCCUAUUGGUAUUCCCCGACCCCCACCCCCUCGGCCAGGGAUGCACUCACCACCACCCCGUCCUGCCCCUUCACCUGGCACCUGGGAGAGCCAGCCACCUCGGUCGGUGAGGCUGGGGGGCCCAGGAGGCACUGCGGGGGGUACUGGGGGCGGUCGUGUUCUUGAGUGUCCCAGCAUCCGGAUCACCUCUAUCUCUCCCACGCCUGACCCACCGACCUCACUAGAGGAUGCUCCUGAAACUUGGGGGGACGGCUCUCCUAGAGAUUACCCUCCACCAGAAGGCUUUGGGGGCUACCGAGAGGCUGGAGGUCAGGGCGGAGGAGCCUUCUUCAGCCCGAGCCCUGGCAGCAGCAGCCUGUCUUCGUGGAGCUUCUUCUCUGAUGCCUCAGACGAGGCAGCCCUGUAUGCAGCAUGCGACGAAGUGGAGUCUGAACUUAAUGAAGCAGCCUCUCGUUUCGGCUUGAGCUCUCCACUGCCCUCGCCCCGGGCUUCUCCUAGGCCAUGGACCCCGGAGGAUCCGUGGAGCCUAUAUGGUCCAAGCUCCGGAGGCCGAGCGCCAGAGGAUAGCUGGCUACUUCUCAGCGCUCCUGGGCCCAUCCCAGCCUCCCCUCGGCCUGCUUCUCCCUGCGGCAAGCGGCGCUAUUCCAGUUCCGGAACCCCAUCUUCGGCCUCCCCAGCUUUGUCCCGCCGGGGUAGCCUUGGGGAAGAGGGUCCAGAGCCACCUCCACCACCCCCAUUGCCUCUGGUCCGGGACCCUAGUUCCUCUGGCCCUUUUGACUAUGUGGGUGCUCCACCAACCGAGAGCGUCCCUCAGAAAACCAGGAGGACUUCUAGCGAGCAAGCAGUGGCCUUGCCUCGGUCUGAGGAGCCUGCCUCGUGCAAUGGGAAGCUGCCCUCUGGUACAGAGGACUCCGUGGCUGCUCCCGGGGCUCUGCGGAAAGAGAUGGCUGGCAUGGAUUACUUAGCAGUUCCUUCUCCCCUCGCUUGGUCCAAGGCCCGGAUUGGGGGACACAGCCCCAUCUUCAGGACCUCUGCCCUACCUCCCCUGGACUGGCCUUUACCCAGCCAGUACGAGCAGCUGGAGCUGAGGAUUGAGGUGCAGCCCAGAGCUCACCACCGAGCUCAUUAUGAGACUGAGGGCAGCCGGGGAGCUGUCAAAGCUGCUCCUGGAGGUCACCCUGUGGUCAAGCUCCUAGGCUACAAUGAGAAGCCAUUGACUCUUCAGAUGUUCAUUGGCACUGCAGACGAGAGGAGCCUGCGGCCCCAUGCCUUCUACCAGGUGCACCGGAUCACUGGCAAGAUGGUGGCUACAGCCAGCUAUGAAGCUGUAGUCAGUGGUACUAAAGUGUUGGAGAUGACUUUGCUCCCAGAGAACAACAUGGCUGCCAACAUUGACUGUGCUGGAAUCCUGAAGCUUCGGAAUUCAGACAUUGAGCUACGGAAGGGCGAGACAGACAUCGGGCGCAAAAACACACGUGUGCGACUGGUGUUCCGUGUGCAUGUGCCUCAGGGCGGCGGGAAGGUCGUCUCUGUGCAGGCAGCAUCGGUGCCCAUCGAGUGCUCCCAGCGCUCAGCCCAGGAGCUGCCCCAAGUGGAGGCCUACAGCCCCAGUGCCUGCUCCGUGAGAGGAGGGGAGGAGCUAGUGUUGACUGGAUCCAACUUCCUGCCAGACUCUAAAGUGGUGUUCAUUGAGAGGGGCCCUGAUGGAAAACUGCAGUGGGAGGAAGAGGCCGCAGUGAACCGGCUGCAGAGCAGUGAGGUGACACUGACUCUGACCAUCCCUGAGUACAGCAACAAGCGGGUGUCCCGGCCAGUCCAGGUCUACUUUUAUGUCUCCAAUGGGCGGAGGAAGCGCAGUCCCACCCAAAGUUUCAAGUUCCUGCCUGUGAUCUUCAAGGAGGAGCCCCUACCAGACUCAUCUCUCCGGGGCUUCCCUUCCACAUCGGGUCCCCCCUUUGGCCCCGACAUGGACUUCUCACCGCCCAGGCCCCCUUAUCCCUCCUAUCCCCAUGAAGACCCUGCUUAUGAGACUCCUUAUCUGUCAGAAGGCUUUGGUUAUAGCACACCCGCUCUGUACCCCCAGACAGGGCCCCCACCGUCUUAUAGAUCUGGCCUACGGAUGUUCCCUGAGACUGGGGGUACCACAGGUUGUGCCCGCCUACCUUCAGUCUCCUUUCUUCCGCGCCCCUUUCCUGGUGAUCAGUAUGGAGGACAGGGCUCCUCUUUUCCCCUGGGGCUUCCAUUCUCCCCUCCGGCCCCCUUUAGGCCUCCAUUACCUUCCUCCCCACCACUCGAAGACCCCUUUAACCCCCAGAGUGCUGUCCACCCCUUACCUGCUGAGGGCUACAAUGAGGUGGGGCCAGGCUAUACCCCUGGGGAGGGGGCUUCGGAGCAGGAGAAAUCCAGGGGUGGCUACGGCAGCGGCUUCAGAGACAAUGUGCCUAUCCAGGGUAUCACCCUGGAGGAAGUGAGUGAGAUCAUUGGCCGAGACCUGAGUGGCUUCCCUGCACGUCCUGGAGAAGAGCCUCCUGCCUGAACCACAUGUAGUGGCCCCAGAAGUCCCGCCUCCUUGCCCUCUUAACCUGGGUGCUGGCUCCAGAAGCUUGGGGCCAACUCUAGUUUCUCUUUGCCCAGCUUCUACCUUCCUGUAUCCCCUUUCUCUCCUGGCUAAGGUGUGGCCCCCAGGCCUGGUGCUGCCUUGAAAGGGACUGAGGGUGUGGAGGACAGGGCGAGGGUGGAGCCUGAGGCUGGGUGCCAGAGCUGACUGGGACGAAGAUGCUGUCCAGGCUGUGCAGGCUAUGAUGCUGGCAGGCUGGACAGGUUGAUGGGUAAUAAACUGCUUGCUGCCCGGUG